AUGGAAUCACACAAAUAUUCAGGCAAACCAUUAACAGUAAAGAGCACAGAGCUUUCAGUCUCCUGGACCAUACAAGCCGAAAAACCAAUGGAUGAAGCCGCCAACAAUGAGAGAAAUUGGGACUUUGAUGUUGCUGAUGGAACGGCUAAGACUCGUCUUAAAGGAAUUAAUGAACAAGCCAUGCGGCUCGUUCUCCAACCAUUUAAACAUUUGAA